UUGUACCAAACUUUGAAUAAGUUUUAAAAUUGUUAUAUUUGGAAUAUAAAUUUUUUCAUUGGUUAAAAUACUGAGUUAUUGUAAAACAUCCUUCUUCGUUAAAUGUAACUAAUCCCUAAACACAAGUAAUAAAUAUGGUUACAUGCUGUAAAAGAUGUAACGUUUUUCAAUAACAUUGACGAUGUUUAAGAAGUAAGGAAAUCGAUACCAUGCAAAUUACCUAUUCUAAGGUUAGAAUUAUAUUUAGAUUUUGUAUACGUUCACUGACAUAAAUAACAAAUAUUACUAAUAAAUAUUUGAGGUUAACUCGAUGUCGUAACUGCAUAUGUAUGUGUGCAUAUAAGUUACCGUACGAGCAUUUGCACUUGCGUCCUUAUUUAUGUAGGCCAUUAGUUACAUAGUUCCCAAUCGAAUUUAAACCUUUUUGCAUUCAUAAAUAUUAAGAAUCUAUCGCUAUUAACUAUUAAAAAUCUUUGAAAUUAUUGUUAAAUGUACGAAUGAGAGUAUUAUAUUACGUACAUGUUUACUUUAUGGUUAUACAAAAAAUGAAAGGACCAAUUGUAAAAAUUGAAGAAUAUAUUAGUCUUUCAAUAAUUUCCAGACUCCUCUACUUCAGAAUAAUGGAAGAUCGAGAAUUGAUUACAUUACAAAAUUUAAAAGCAAACUUAGUUAAGAAAGCACGUGAUUUGAAUGAAAAAUUAAAGAAGCAACAAGUAGAUGACAAGCGCAUCACUUUAAAAAUAUCAAAUCCAGCAAAAAAUAACUUUAAUAACAUAGAAAAAAAUUUGUUUGGGCAACAUAAACAAUCUAUAUGCGAGAUUAAUCGUCAAGUUACUGGUAUAACAUUUAAAGAUAUAAAGAAAAAAUGGUUAGGCGAAAACAUUUAUCAGUACCAAACGUAUUUAGUAACAACAAGCCUCAAAUUUUUUCUUGAGUUGACCAUAAAAUUGGAGGGGGGAAAAGAAUUUGAAAUUCAUGACAUAACAUGUCAUUUCUUGGAUGUAGACAAAUGUUACUUAUUGGAGAUCACGCAGUGGGUACAGAACAUCAGUAGAAUGAAAAAUUUCUCACUUUUUAUAUCUGCACUUUCGCAAUAUAAUCAGGAAGGUAUAUUACGAACAAACAUAUUAAAUGAAUCGGAUGUUAAAAAAUUUGCAAGUUUUGAAGACUGUAACAAAGGGAACGGUGGAAUUUUAGUGAACAUACAUUCAAUUAAAAAUGUGCAACAAAUUUAUUUGUACUUACAAUGGUCACUAGUAUUUGUAGAACCUACUUGGCAGAUUGAACACUAUUUUCUUAUACAGCCUACAAAAAUAGGAGAUGCAUUUGUUAACGAAAACCAGGACUUAUUAAAUGACUUUCAGGAAGUAGGCCUUGAGAAAGCAGGAGUUACAGACUUUUGGAACAAAAUGUAUCAUGCUAUUGAUCAGUAUGAAAAAUAAAGAAUAAUGUUCAUUGUAGAAGUAACAAAGUACUCAAAUUUA